GAAUGCGGCGGGGCCCACUCUUCCCCAUGACUCCGCAGCUCGUCUUCAAAACUAAAGCGCCGGUCUCCAGCUGCUUCCGACGCCAAAGCUGAUAAAGAAGAAUCUCGAUAACUCGAUAACCGUCGCUGCCCCCAUAUCCAAGCCUGAGCGACCCAAGCCACGAUUAGGGUUAGGGUUUGGUUGGCCGGCGAGGAUGCUGGAUCUCCAGAAGCGGCGGGUCCAGCUCGCGCUCUUCGUCGCAGGCCUCAUCGCUCUCAGCAUGACAGCUGAAAAGUUCAGGGAACUUGUUGGAAAAGGAGCUGCAUCCAAAAGUGGUGAGUUUACAUUUUUGAACUGCUUUGACAUGGGCUCCGGAACUCUUGCUUGUGGGGCCAAAGAAGGCAUCAAACUCUAUGUCUACAACCUCCGAAGUGCUCAUGUGGAGAAAAUGAGGCAGCGAGCCACUGAGGCUGCAUUAACUGAUGCAUUGAAGGAAGGGUUGAGUGCGAGUGAUGCGGCGAAGCAGGCACAAAAAGUUGGAGCAAAAGCUGCAAAGCUGGCUUCCAGGCAGGCCAAGCGCAUUUUGGGUCCUAUUAUAUCCUCAGGCUGGGACUUCUUUGAAGCCAUAUACUUUGGGGGCACCAUGACAGAGGGAUUUCUCAGAGGAACUGGCACCUUGUUUGGUACCUAUGCAGGGGGGUUCCAUGGAGAACAAAGGCUGGGUCGGUUGGGUUAUCUUAUGGGAAGCCAUCUGGGUAGUUGGGUUGGAGGAAGGAUAGGGUUGAUGGUAUAUGAUAUUGUAAAUGGAGUGAAUUAUUUACUUCAGUUUGUCCAACCAGAAGAAAACACAAGCUCCGUUUUUUCUGAUGAAGAUUCUGAUUCUGAAGAUACAUAUAAAACAGAUGAACACAUUCACUAUGAAAGUCCAAGUGGGGAAACUGGUUAUUAUGAAACUCCACAAGGUGAAACAGAAGAGGCUGAAGCCUCAGGGGGUUGGGGUAUUUUUUAGAUGAUUAACCAGUGAGAUGCUAAUGAUUGUUGUGACAUAUGUAGCAAUUUCCAUUUUCACGUUUCUUAGUGUAAUUUGUGCAGUAGUGUUGAAUAUAUUUUGUUUUGGGUUUAUCAGUGAAGCAUCAGGUCACUGGAGACACAGAAAUAGUUUAUUACGUGUUGCCGUGUUGGAAAACACAAUCUGAAUUGCUUGACGAUUGAAAGAUUCUACAUCUUUAAGAUUAUGGGUCAAUAAACAGCUUUGUUGCUGGUUGUCUUAA